UCUUGGCAUAAACAGUAUAUAAGUUGAAAACUACCUGGGUAGUUUGCAUUAUUCAGGCCCCCGUAUAUUACAUACUUUGAGAAGAUAUAGAACCCUGAGGAUCUGCGUUUCAACAUCACAAGCUAACGAUUCGGCAAGACGAAUCUAGACUUCAGAAGAGACAAGGACAUAACAAAAACGGGUGAAAAAGAUAAUACUUCUCAAUAAGAUACCAGCAGAACCAUGGCGAGGAUAAGCAGAGGAAUUGCUAUCGAGAAGGCCGCAGUGCGUGCCGAACAGAGGAAUGUAGCGCUUCAACAAAAACAACACGAGUGCCGUAAGAGUCCUAGCUUAGGACGGUCCAUGGAGUCCUCAACGUCCUCCAAUGGGAGUCGCGAGCCAAACUUAUUUCUGCCGCAAUUCGAGGCACAUUUGUAUAGAACGUGUAGGCAGGAGGCCGACGCCAAACCUCUGAAUAUAGAGAGGUGCCUAGAUAUGGAUCUUGUCAAGAAAGGGUCGUUCUUUUACAUGAGCAAGAAUUAUGUCGAGGAGGUUGACGAUUGGUUCCAGUUCGUUGAAGAACACCAGAAGUCGACGUUUUGAUCUUUAUACCUCAGAUAUGUAGGUAGAUUUGGGGAGCUAUUAUGCCGUGGAGGUGUUUUAGCCCGGUGUUAUGGGAGCUAUCUUCGGGUUAAUCACGACAAUAGGUAAAUAUAAUAGGUCGUAAUUGAUUUAGGUACCUGGGUAGUAAAUAGGCCGGAGGUUGGUACACCGUUAAUACAAGGAUUUAUAAUAUAUGUAUAA